CCUUCGCGGACGGACGUCGACGCGCCUACGAGCGUAGUCGCUGCCUACGCUGCCGUAGGCGCGCUGAGAGACGUAAUAAUGCACUAGACAAUUGAAUUUAAAAACCGCGACGGCAGCCUGCCUGAUUGAGCCCAGUGGACUAGAUUUUUUUCUUUUAGUCGGCACGUGAACUACUCUGACUUUUUGUGAAUGCUUAAAAGUGUAGGACUUUUAAUGGCAUUGCAACAAACAAAUGGGUUUUUGAAAUUGUGGAUCCGAGAUUCCAGAAAUGAAUUUUAACAAAAACAUGAAGACAUCAACUGCGCUCAUUCUGCUCAUCCACUUAUCUCUGCACACGGUAGAUGAAGGACUCGCUAUAAAUCCCGGCUGUACUUGCAUCCGCUUCACGUCGAUGCUCGGCAAGGAGCGCGGCACGUUCAGCAGCCCGGACUACCCGCGCGCCUACCCGCCGCUCCUCGACUGCGUGCUCUACACCUUCCUCGCCGCGCCGCACGAGAUCGUUGAGCUCGUCUUUACAGACUUCGACGUAUACAAGGAACAUCUCGACUGCAUCCAAGGCGACUACCUAAAGGUGUACUCAGAAGGGGGCACUCACGGGCCGGGGCCUCCUGGAGUGAACGAGUACUCGGCGUGGCGCGCGCUCUGCGGCAGCCGGGCCGACGCCCCGCCGGCGCUUUACUCCCAUGGACCUCUCCUGGUGCUGGAGUUUCAUACGGGAAGCAAAGCUAAUAAUGCCACUGGUUUCGUUGGCACCUAUAAAUUUAUAGAUAGGCGUAAUUUCGAGACAGAUGGCGUACAUAUUCCCGACACAUGGUGUGACUACGUGUUUAAUUCGCAAGCCAACCGGCCCAUGUAUGGACGGAUGUAUAGCCCAAGAUACCCCUCGAGCUAUCCCAGCAACGUGCGGUGUACUUAUCAUUUUCACGCCAGGCAACAUGAGCGAACCAAGUUAGUUUUCGAAGAAUCGUUUCUUCAGAAAGGAGAUGAAAGCUGUCUCAAUCGAGCUGAUAUUAUAAAAGUUUUCGACGGGCGGUCGACAACAGCACCGGUUCUCGCUAUGCUUUGCAAUGAGAUAGUAGGGUAUGAAAUUUUGUCAACUGGUCCGGAUCUACUGGUCCAGUUUACAGCUAAUUCGGACGCCUCUGGUCAAGGCUUCAAGGCGAGCUACCAAUUUGAAAUGGACGACACUAAUACAGAUGGCGACGUCAAUAAAAAGUCUAGUACGAGUACAAGCGAAGCAAUAUCCGGACUGGGCCCGGCAGUGAGUGCCGCAACUUCAUCUUGUGACCAAGUAUACAGUAGUGAUAAAAGCAAGAGUGGCAAACUUAUGUCACCUCUCCAUCCGGCGCCGUAUCCCCAGAAGACAAAGUGCCAUUACGACUUCCAGGCCAGGGGAAGGGAACGGAUCCGACUAGUUUUCGAAGAUUUUAGCCUUCAGAGGGUAACUGCCAGCAUGGUGGACUGUGAGAGCAUGGAUUCUCUGGACGUGUUUUUGUAUGUAGACGGUCGGCUUGAAAAGAUGGCUUCCUUUUGUGGAAACGAUGUACCAAAGCCAAUAAUGUCGAAUGGACCGAAAAUGUCUAUUGAGUUUCGAGGGAUUUACUCGUCGAGACAUAGUAGGGGUUUUAAGAUAUCGUACUAUUUUGUAGAAGAUUAUGGAAUUGCGACGGGAACGCAACUUUUGGAAUUUCCAUGUGCCUUCGUAUUUAAUAGCAGCGAGUGGAGCCGGGGAGCUGUGACGUCACCUAACUAUCCUGGUCUUUAUCCACGGGAUACAGAAUGCAAUUACUUUUUCUACGGAAAUGAAAACGAAAAAAUACAUUUACAUUUUACGUACUUUGAUGUGGAAGGAGUGGUGCCAUGCCAGGCAGUGUCGGCGAGCGACUAUGUACAAAUUUCCAACAAAAUAGUGGAGACAGAAGGGCAUAGGCACUGCGGGCAGCUGAAAGAACUUCAAUUCAAAUCUGAGCGAAACUUCUUGAGGGUCACCUUUAGGUCAAAUGAUAGGCUUGAUGGCACUGGAUUUAAAGCCGAUUACAUAUUUCUAAGAGAUUCCUUUAUGCAUAGUAUAACAAUGCCGGAUUCCGAUAAUGGAGGAUCGUCCCAUACAUCAAAGAUGAUAUUCCUGACAUUCGCGUUUGACAUCAUCCGAGAAUUCUUCUAAAAUAUUGAACAUUUCAAUGUAAAGACAAUUUAAGUAAAUAUUUUGUUGUUG